AUGGCCGGCGGCGACUACGAAGAGCUCGACGCGACGCCCGUGCGGCGGCGCGUGGUGACGUUCCUGGGCCUGUCGGGCCUCGUCGUGACGGCCGUCGCCGCCGUGACCGUGCCGAGCUCGCCCUUCGCCCUGGGCAAGUCGCUGAGCGCCCUCGAGGCCGUCGCGGUGACGAAGGAGUUCAAGCAGACGCUGGACCCGGCGACCUUCGCCAAGCUGAAGAGCGUCACCUACGGCACGCUCGACACGCGCGACCAGAAGAGCCUCUUCGACCAGUUCAUCGACGAGUACUCCAAGAGUUACGACACGACGCACGAGUACAACGACCGCUUCACGAUCUUCUCGAAGAACCUGAACUACAUCGACGCCCUGAACACGCAGAACCCGCACGCGCUCUUCGGCCUCAACGUCUUCGCGGACCAGACCGAGGAGGAGCGGUCCAAGCGCCGCAUGACUGACCCCUCCAUCACCAACUACACGCGCGUCGGCUGGGCGUCGGGCAGCGACUGCGCGGCCUGCAACCUGUACCCGGCCUUUGGGGAGUACGACAUGGGCAACCUCCCCGACGACUUCGACUGGCGCGAGCUCGGCGCGGUCACGCGCGUCAAGAACCAGGCCUACUGCGGCUCCUGCUGGUCCUUCUCCACGGCGGCGGACCUCGAGGGCACGCACUACCUCGCCACGGGCGACCUCGAGUCCUACGCGCCCCAGCAGCUCGUCGAGUGCAACACGAUGAACCUCGGCUGCGACGGCGGCUACCCGUUCGCGGCGAUGCAGUACCUGUCCCACUUCGGGGGCAUGGUGACCUGGGAGACCAUGCCCUACAAGAAGAUUGAGCUGCUCAACGAGAAGCUGGAGGACGGCGACGUCGCGCACAUCUCCGGCUGGCAGAUGGUCGCCAUGGGCGCGGACUACGAGUCGCUCAUGCGCGUGACCUUGGUGAAGAACGGGCCCCUCAGCAUCGCCUUCAACGCCAACGGCAUGGACUACUACGUCCACGGCGUCGACGGCGACGGCGACAUGUUCACCUGCGACCCGACGUCCCUGGACCACGCCGUCCUCGUCGUCGGCUACGGCGUCCAGCACACGGACGGCAACGGCAAGGUGCCCUACUGGGUCAUCAAGAACUCGUGGGACGACGUCUGGGGCGAGGACGGCUACUACCGCCUCGUCCGCGGCUCCAACGCCUGCGGCGUCGCCAACAUGGUCGUCCACUCCAUCGUCAAGAGCACGACCGACGACGACUCGCGGUAA